AUGGCUGGAGCGGUUCCUCGGACCCUCGAGCAGGAACAGAAGAUGGAUGAAGAGGUUCCUCGGACCCUUCAGCAGGAACAGACAGGAUUAACAGGUACGGAGCCACAAAUCCUCCAGCCUGCGGUCAUUGAGUCUGCCCUGUGCUCCUCCAUCACAGUCUGUUCCUGCAAUGCACUGGUCACUUUCAGUAGUCAGGAACUGAUAGACACUGACCUCAGCCUGAAGCUAGACUUUAUUUGGAUUGGACCGACAGUGGAGACUAUAGGAGAUGCAUACAUGGUGGUGAGCGGCCUACCUGAAAGGAACGGAGACAGACAUGUGGAUGAAAUUGCCAAGAUGGCUCUGGAUCUGGUAGCAGCCGUCAGACAGGUCUCCAUUCCUCACAUGCCCAAUGAGAGGCUUCAGCUCAGAGCUGGCAUCCACACAGGUCCAUGUGUGGCAGGAAUAGUGGGCUACAAGAUGCCAAGAUACUGUCUAUUUGGAGAUACCGUCAACACAGCCUCUAGAAUGGAAUCAACCAGCCUGCCUCAGAAAAUCCACAUCAGUUCAGAAGCAUACCUGGCUCUGAUCAAAGACAAUGCUUAUGAGCUGCAGCUUCGUGGAGAGAUUGAGAUUAAGGGUAAGGGCAAAAUGUAUACAUACUGGCUGAUUGGCCACAAGAACUACAGCGUGCAGAAUGACAGUCUGGUUUGCCACUGGAAUCCCAACAUGGCCAGAAAGAAGAAAAUGUUAGCAGGGAGCCAGGUAUCUGUGAGCAAUUCAUCAGUGACAGUGCAGAGUCUGACCGAGAAGGCUUCCACUCCAGUGUCUCUUCUCAUGAACCAAACUUCGCCACAGCCACCGAAAGACAAACCUGGCAAGAGAAUGGCAGCUCAGAUGGAGACCUACAGCAGCAGCUGCAGUACCCUUGGCUCUAUGAUUGGAGGACUGCAGGGAGGAGAUAAGAGUCCUCAACCCAGCCAGCAUAGCAGUGGACUCAAACCUGAUCUGGUUCCUGUCUCCAACCAGCAUGUGUAGCCAAUAACUGCCAGCAUAAAUUAACCUAAGAGAAUCUGAGAAAUUAGUUUGUUGCAGGUAGCGCUUUAACAGCUGAAAGACAUAGUUAGUUGUCACCUGACAUAAAAAAAUUUCAACUCAUACUAAUUUCCUUCCUGAACUUUUGAGUUGGAAAGUCUCACUCAUACCAAGUAUUACAAAGAAAGUUCGACAUUCUGUCAUCAGACACACGCCAACAGUGUCAAUCAGGCCAAGCAGACACACAAAGGUGGUUAUCUAUGGAGAGAAUUUUGGCUCAAAAGGGUUAUAAAUGCAUACAUUAUCAUCCACAGCAUCAGCGUAUUUAAACUAUAUAUAUCAACCUUCACAGGGUACUGUGUAGUGUCUGUAAUUGGUAAAUCUAUGUUUUCCAGUAGAGUUCUGUUUAGAAGAAGGCCAGAUGACAGCAAGAUCUUGAACGCAGCUUACAUUUGUGAGUCUGUGUGAAGCUGGCAGCAUGAAAUUCGUCCCCACGUGGGCAUGUGACCUGUGCAAUUUGUGCACUCGUAUUUAAGGUUGUAAGUGAGAAGGAUGUUACAUGUAGUUUAGACAUCUAGAUGCACGGAAAGCUUUUUGAAAGUGAAAAUCAUGUGAAGUUGAACUUCAUAAAUUAUGUGUAAAUGAUCCGUAGUUAUUCAUGUUUAGGUGCAUGCAUUUGCAAAAUAGUUUACAUGUGGUUAAAUUGCUUUGUAUUUGUGUGUGGAUUGAACAUUUUUGUAAAGCUUUAUUAACAUACCAUACACAUUUUUAACCCUUUUGAGUCCAAUUUCUUUCCAAAGUUAUUGGCUCAGAGUAAUUAGGCUUGAUAUUGAAAAUGGCCCCAGAACCAGACUCCUGGCAAGGGACUGGACUCAGUCUCAAGUGUCCCUUAGAGGCAGUGGGCAAGAGUGGGUAUUCUUGCUUUCUCCGAGUAGACAAAAGGUUUGUUUUCUUGUGCUGAAUAAUAGUUCAGAGUACUCAACUUUCUUGGAGUUGCUGGGUGGGGUUCUGGAUGAUGCCACACUUCGUAUCGACAGACUUCAAUGACAAUGACAGCUAGAUCUGGAGGGGCGUGAUCAGGUGGAACAGCCAGCCUGAUCUGGACAAGAGAAAUGUCCUGCCAUUGGACUUUUGUUGGGUGGUGGGAGUUAAAGAGUAGGCGCUUGUCUUGUGUGUGGGUUUCUGGUAAACUUCAAUGUUGAGGCUUUCAUCCUGUUCAAUGAGCACAACACUGUCCAGGAAUGGUAACCCAUUAUCCUUGGUAUCCUCCUCCCUAAACUUUGUUUUUAACCACUGAGUUGAUGUGAUCCGUGAAGGUUUCUACUUCUUAGGUUUUGAUUUUGACUUAAUAUGAAGAAGAACUUGUGUUCUUUGUGUUGUGUUGUGUGGGCCUCUGUGUUUGUAGGUUUAUGUCCUUGUGUUCUGUGAACAACUUUGUCUAAUACAUUCCAGACCAUUAUUGUUUGUACAGCUUAUUAAAAACAAUGGAUGUUUCAUUAAUGUGGUAGGUCUUAGAUAGAAUUAAUGUCAUUUUACAGUACUGUACAAAGGUCUUGAGCCACCCUUUUUCUCUUGAUGUUUUGAAAAUUGGGAAUAGGUGCAGUGACGUGCAAACAGACAUGGAAAUAUAGUACACAACACAAAAAAAAGAGUCUGUGCAAAUCUAACAAGCUCUAAAGUCAAAACUUGAUAUGGUCCUGGGCUUUGGUCCAGUUUUGAGGGGUUUUUGUUACUGAAGUCUUGUUAUUUGAUGUUCUGUUUGUUUGUUUGUUUGUUUUAGA